CCGGGAGUCGGGGUAAAAUCGGGCUUUAAACGGAAUGUUGUUUAAAUCCAGCAGAUGGCAGUCUGCACUUGGUUAGCAUGAGGAAAACCAGAAGAAGAACAAGUGGCAAUGUUGUGAGGCAAACAAAUGGAGAACAAAUCUGUCAUUUGGGAUAGUAUUAUGAUCAUUAGAGAUCCUCUGUCAGGUUUCUCCCGUUGAGUUCUGUGUGCUUUGGAGGGAACAUGUUGGAAAAAGAAGCCGAUAAGGGGAAGGAGAAUGCCGGGGAGAAAGGCUUCCGGACGCCUGGGUUGAGAGGAGCACAGACCACCACACUGUUCCGUGCUGUCAAUCCUGAACUCUUCAUAAAACCGAAUAAACCAGUGAUGGUAUUUGGGCUGGUGGCCAUCACCUUGAGCGUGGGUUACCUGGGCUAUCUGCACGCCAUGAAAGAAAAUGACCAGCAGCUUUAUGAAGCGAUAGACAGCGAAGGAGAGAGAUACAUGAAGAGGAAGACUUCCAAAUGGGACUGAUGGAGAUCCAUGCUGCACUGCAUCAAACAGGCUGUUUAUUGGUGUUUCAACAGGACAAACAACCAAGAAGACGUGCACACAAAUUGUAUCAUGUCCACAUAUCUUCUGUGGCUCUUAAAAGCAUAAUAAAUGUGGAACCCACAAAGUAUUUUUCGAAGUAAUUCUAGAAGAAACAUACAGGUAGAAUUGCAGGUGUUUUUAUUAUAUGAGCUGUUAGGAAAACAUCUGUGACCUUCAUAUGUUCCAUGUUAAAGACAGAAUAUAUAUUUUGGUAUCAUUUCAAAAGUAAUUAUUUACAAACAAGCAAUAUAAGUAACUUGGUAUAACUUAAUGAAAGUCCACUUUCUGGCUUGAAAAUGAAAUUAAAGUCAAGAGAAUAGUUUUGGUUUUAACUCUGAAAUUAAAGUUCAUGGAAUUGAUUUAACAAUCAGAAACAAGUGCCUAAAUUUAAUUGGAAGGAUUAAUACCUCAAUACUUGUAAUAAAAAUAGUAACUAUGUGUCAUGAAGUGUGGUUAAGAGGUGGUGAGGAUGUUGCUGAGGACCCAGGUUGGAAUGAAUAAAGGGUGAUUUAAUGAUGAAUCCAGACAUACUAAAAUCCAGGCAGCACAGACUGAGUGGAAGGUUAAUGCUCACAACUGGUAACCAUCAAAAAUACAAUGACGGCAGACUCGAAAGCGACAAGACAGCUAGACAAGGACCCAACAAGGCACACGUGGGAUUAAAUACACAGAGGAUAAUCAGGGAAACGAGACACAGCUGGGAACAAUCAAGGGGUAGACAGGACAACACGGAGACUCAAUAGACACAGAAACCUAAAGUAAACACAAAGAAAACUCAAAUCCCCACAUUAUGAUUUUGCAGUAAAAUAAUUGCACGUUUUUCUGUAUGAAAAAAUUACAGUCUGUAAAUUUUAAACUUAUGUUUUUUUUUUAUUAAUAAAAGUAGUCUCUUGGGGUUUUUUUAAACAUCAGUUAA